AUGUUAAAAACUAAAAAUUUUCUCCAAAUUGAAAAAAUAGAUAAUAUUGAUUGGCCUAUCUUUAAAUAUGGACAAUCACGUAAUAAUACAUUUUGGGAGAAAAAAAUAGACCAGAAGGUAGAUGCAAACUUAAUAAUCAUAAAAGACAACCUAAUGAGAAUUGGAAAAAAUAAAUCUGUACCCAAAAAAUACACCUAUUUAUUACUAAAAUCUGGAACAUUAAUGUACUAGGAUUCUAAAAUAAAAGGUAAAAUACAAUUGAAUCUUUAAACUUUUAUAAAAAAAAUUGAAUUAACUAAUGAAGAGGAUCAUAAUCAAUAAAAAAUUGUUGCCAUUCGCGUUUAAAAAUAUUAAAAUUGUUAAUUAUAUAUCUGGAAUCCAGAAAAUCAAACAUGCACAAUAAAUUGGUAUAAGAAAUUAGCACAAUUUUCGGUUUCUUAGAAUUUUGAAGGAUUUUAUAAAAUCCUGGAACCAAUAGAUUAAGGUGCUUUUAGUUCUGUCUUUUUGGUCUCUCAAUUGAUACCAGAAGAAUCAAGAAAUAAAAAGUUUGCAGCAAAAAUUUAUUCUUAAUCUUUAUAAUAGAAGAUUCUAGGCAAUUAAAUGAGAGAUUUUGUGAUAUCUGAGUGCUAAAUUUUAAAAAUGGCAAAGUCAGAAUUCAUUGUGGAACUGUAUGAAGUGAUUUAAUUAGAAGACGUUGUAAUUUUAAUUUUAGAGUACAUUUAAGGAGGAACAUUAUCAAAUUUGAUUAAAUAAAAUGAAAUUCAUGAAUUGAUGUCAAGCGAGAUUUGUCAUUAAAUCAUUUUAGGGUUAAAAGAAAUACAUAGGGACAUAAAAUUGGAUAAUAUUUUAAUUGCUCAAUUUAAUCCAAUAUUAGUAAAAAUAAUUGAUUUUGGGUUUGCCGAGAAAAUAAAUAAGAACUAACUAAUAAAUAAAUAAGGAACACCAGGAUAUAUUGCACCAGAACUAUUUGAUUUGGCUCCCUACACAGAGAAUUGCGAAAUAUUCAGUUUAGGAAUUUUAUUUUAUAUUUUACUUUGCGGAAAUUUUCCAUUUAGAAGUACUAAUUAUGAAGUGCUACUAGAAAGAAAUAAAUAAUGUUAGAUCAGAUUUUAAUUGGAUGAAUGGAAAAAUAUCUCUUCCUCUGCUUAAAGAAUGGUAUAAAGAAUGCUUGAAAAAGAUCCUAUUCGCAGGAUAACUUUUUCGGAAUUAUCAAUACUCUUAGAAUUACAUAUUAGCAAUUUAAAAUCUAAAGGAUCUCAUUUAAGAUAGAAUCUCAAUUAAUCAUCUAACUCAUCAAAUAUAAGAGGAAUAACAUAUGAAAUAAUUGAAAAGUCUCCUAGCAAAUUGGUUUAAGCUAUAAAGGAUAAUUAUGAUGACGAUAUUGGUUUAGAUGAAAACAGCUUAAAUAACCAAUUUAUUUGGAAUCUUCAAUAAUCAUACAAGUAUUAUAAUAAAUAAAAAUGGAUAUCUUAAUGA